CCAGAGAAGAAUGGACGAAGCUCGUGCGGAGCCGCCUGCCGCCGGAAUGGACGUGGACAAGCUCACCUACGAGAUCUUCUCCAUCCUCGAGAGCAAGUUCUUGUUCGGCUACGACGACCCAAAGCUCCUCUUCGCCGGAGGCUCCCCGCACACACCGGCAGCCAUGGCGGCAGUGAAGGGGACUCCCCCGCGAGCGCAGUCAGGGAAGGUCUGCAUCCUGUCGAUCGACGGCGGCGGGCGCGCCGCCGACGGCCUUCUCGCCGGCGCGGCGCUGGUGAGGCUGGAGGCCUCCCUGCGUCGACGCACCGGGGACCCGAAGGCGCGGCUGGCGGACUUCUUCGACGUGGCCGCGGGCUCCGGCGCCGGCGGCGUGCUCGCGGCGAUGCUGGUGGCGCGCGGGGCCGACGACGCGCGGCCGCUCUUCUCCGCGGAGGACGCGCUGGCGUUCCUCGUGCGCAGCCUCCGCCGCGGCUGGUCCUCCCCGUCCUCCGGCGGCGGCAUCCGCGCGCUGUUCCGCCGCCCGGCGGGCGCCGCCUUCCGCAAGGUGUUCGGGGAGCUGACGCUGCGGGACACGGCGCGGCCGGUGCUGGUCCCGUGCUACGACCUGGCCACGGGCGCCCCGUUCCUCUUCUCCCGCGCCGACGCGGCCGAGCGGCCCGCCUACGACUUCCGCCUCCGCGACGUGUGCGCCGCCACGUGCGCCGGGUCGGACCGCGCGUCGGCGGCGGUGGAGGUGCGGUCGUGCGACGGCGCGACCCGCAUCGUGGCUGUCGGCGGCGGCGUGGCGCUCGGCAACCCCACGGCCGCGGCCAUCACGCACGUGCUCAACAACAAGCGCGAGUUCCCGCUCGCCUCCGGCGUGGAGGACCUGCUGGUCAUCUCCAUCGGCAGCGGGGAGGGCGAGCAGCGCCCCGCCGGCAACAGCGGCGGCGGCACGUCGACGUCCGAGAUCGUCAGGAUCGCCGCCGAGGGCGUGUCCGACAUGGUGGAUCAAGCGGUGGCCAUGGCGUUCGGGCACAGCAGGGCGAGCAACUACAUCCGCAUACAGGCGAUGGGCUCGCCGCGGGCGAGGGGCGGCGUGGCGGUGGCGGCGGAGGAGAUGCUGUCGCAGAAGAACGUGGAGUCGGUGCUGUUCCGCGGCAAGAAGCUCGGGGAGCAGACCAACGCCGACAAGCUGGAGCGGUUCGCGCACGAGCUCGUCAAGGAGCGCGACCGCCGCGCUUCCAGCACCGGCGCCCCGGCCGUCGUCAAGCAGCAGCCGGCGGCCGAAGACGCCGCCGCGCCGGCGUCGUACUCGAACCUGGUCAGCCAGAUGUUCACCAGCAUCCUGUAG